AUGAGCUUCGUUAGUAACUGCACUGCUCUACAUGAUUUCACCAGGAAAUCAGGAGUUUUGCGAAAACCGUCUUUAAAGACAUUUAAUCGUAAACUUUAACAACGUGUUAAUGCUUUAAAUCAUUUAUCAUCAUUACAGAAAAUUGAUUUCCUAAAAUCUUCAAAUGAACCAAAUAAAUUUAUUUAUCUUAUACGAGAUCCAAUGAAUAAAUCAAAUUCAUCAAUACUAAUUGCUAAUGGAAUAACAGAUCAAAUGGAAAGAAUAGUUUAUCAAGUUGUUAAAGAAAGUGAAAAUUUAGCUAUUUGA